UCAGAAGCAAGCAGUUGCACUGACGGUGACCGUUCGUUGUUACAGGAAGACAAUAAGAAGGAUGGAAUUGUAAAGUAAUGACGCUCUAAGAUGUGUUUUAAUAUUAAACGUCAGUUUUUGUACCGUUAUUAAACGAUUCAGUAACAGUCUCCUUAUAACUAUUGCAGUAAGUGUUCUGGGUAGCAGCUUUUCUGUUUUGGAAUUCUAGUAAGUUGUCGGCAGGAAUGGUGGUGCGUGUGAUAUGUUGAAGGUGCGGUCGAAUUAGAGUGAGCUGUACCAAUUUAAAACAUACAUUGCGUUUAGUGAUUGUGUGUGUGUGUGAUCUGACUGACACCACAUGUUUAAAUUGUGAUUCACAUAAGGGGAAGGGCUACCGCGUUUCCUGUUUGUUUCUUACUCUCAUUUCAAGUCCGUGGUCAACAGUGGUAGGAUUCAUCGUCUCUCGUCUUAGGCGUCAGACAUCUAAGGAAUUAUUCGAACGGCGGUGUAAAAUAACCUUUUUGCAGUUUAUUAUCUUUCAGAAUUGAUCUUUAUUGCGUUGUGUAUAUAGUUUCAACGGGCACAGAGGAGGUGUGUUGAGCAGUGAGACAGUAUAUGGUGCAUAAUUUUGUGUUUAAAUAUCCGGCCGUUGCUGUGUAAGGAAAUGGGUGGAUAGUGGACAGGAACACUUCGACAGGAUGCUUGUGGCAUGUUGUUUUUUCAUCGAGAGAUAAGAAGCAAGAUUUUAACAGAAUGCAAGACUCGCACCAUCGGUUGACGCUUAGUAGCGUUGCGUUCAGGGAACACCUGCAAGAACGUAACUGCAUGUGGCUUCCUGUAUCUCUGCCCAUCCCUAGCGAACCUGUCCCUACUGAUGUUGCCUUGUGGUUAUUUGAACUGCGACAUUUCAGUGAUUGUAAUGAUGUUUCGUGUAAUGUGAAGGUGAAUGUUGAUUGUGACGGCGAAGCAGAUUACAGCAAGCACGAGUUACACGGAGAGGAAUUUCAGCAUUUCGGUCUCAAGAAAAGUGACGAAGAAGUAAUUCAGAACUGUGACGUGGCACUGGAUUAUCACAAUACUGCAGAAGUUUAUGUUCCAAAGGAAGACAUUCCAAACUUACUGACUCAGAAAGAAGAACAUUGUGUUAAGAUUCAUAGCAAGGAGGAGGAAAUCCAGAACUAUUCAGAUGGGCAGGAACGUCAUGGAGAUUUUGUCCCAGAGUUGCUAAUUCAGAAGGAUGAAGGAACCUGGAAAUGCAAUAAUGAAUUCACAGAAAAUUCCAACUCAAAAGAAGAAAUUACAGGGUUGCUGAUUUCGAAGGAGGAAGUUUGUAUUGAGAAUUACAAGAAGGUUGAAGAAGAAGCCUUGAUUUGCUGUUGUGAAUGCCCUAAUAAUUUUACCCCAAGAGAAGAUAAUCCAAGGUUGCAUCAGAAGGAAGAAAGUAAUGUUCAUAGUCACAAAUGUGAUUGUGAUGAUGUAUUAGGUUCAAAGAUUUACAGUUGUGUAGCACAAGGAAAUGGAUUAGUGGUCACAGAUGAAAGCAGCACACAAGGAGAUAUUCAGGCAAUAAAUCAGUAUCAAGUAGGUGAAUUGCCCAUCCGUAAUCAGGCACUCGCAUGUGACAGCAUCCUGUGGGAGAAAAAUCCACUCUAUUGUAGAGUGGGAGUAGGAAGGAAUGAGAGGGGAUUUAGGAAAUUGUGUCACAGCACAUUGGACCAGUUGGAUGACAGUAUACAUGUAGGUCCUGGAGAAGAAUUUGGAUUGAGUUCCUCCCAGAUAGACGAACCUGUUUUUGCAGAUGUAACUCAAGAGCAUGGAGUGGCCUGUAUGUUAAAAACUGGUUGUUCUGUGUGUGGACAAGACAAAUUCAUUGACAGUUUUUCUUUGAGGGUUAACUGUGAGUGUGAUUCAUUCAAAGAAGAAGCAUGUAUGGAAACAUGUCAGUGUGGUUUAGAUCUCGAUGCAGACAGACAUCUGAUAGACAGCUGUGUUAACCAAACAAAUUCUAGUCUUGCAAGCACAACAGAGUGUGAGAUUUAUGAACAGAAUAUAGUACAGAAUCUUGAACAUCAUCGAACUGUGCCGUCUGAUAUUCAUGACAAGCUUGUUUCAAGCAUCAGUAGCAGUGUGACUGUCUGUGAUAAAGAAGUAGACUGCAAUCCCACACUGCAGCUUCAGAAUUCCAUAUCACAAUAUUUUAGAGCUGGUGAUUCAGUGACAUUGCCGUAUAGUGAAAAAUGUGACGAAGUGUUGCAUCACUUGGAACUCAUCGUUCAGAACCUGGAGGUUGCAGCUGGUGAUGUAGCAGUUGAUCAUGAAAUGGUGUCUGAUGUUGACUUCCAGAAACUGUGUCAAGAAGCACAAAAUCUGGCAGAAGAGACCAGUCAGAAGUGUUCAGCCCAGGUAAACACAAAAGUAAAGAAGGCUCGGAGCAUUACAUUGAGUUCUGAUCUGUCAGAUGAUGUGUUCAUCAGUUGCCCCUCUUCUGAGGAACAUAAUGUGAUGCAUCCAUUACCCCAAGAAGUACAUAGGCAUAAUAGUUUGGACAUUAAUUCUAUAUUUGAUGAUGGCACUAAACCUCCUGUGCCUCCUGCUCGGACAAAAAGAAGGAAGGAAAAAUCCAAAACAUUUCAUGUUAACGAAGGCAUAAUUAUCAACGAAACUAAAGAUUCUGCUACUGCACUGCACUGUGAUACCAGUGAUAAGAGUGCAAGCGAGUUAAAUGUAACAAAGCUGUCGGUUAGGGAUGCUGGUUGUGAGAACAGUUUGCUGGACUGUCAAGAGCUCUUAAUAAUGAAGCGAGUUACAGAAAGAACCAAGGAGAAGAGAAGUGUCAAAGUGACUUCUCAUUCUGAAGACAGAAAUUUGUGCCAUCAGGAGUAUCAAACACAUCAAUGUGUUUCUGAUUGUGACUCCUUGAAUGUGACUGCUGUGUCAGACGAUCGUUCGAAUCCAUCAGUCAGUGGCAAAGGUUCAGAAUCUCUUUUACCUGCUGACAGUGUGAUUGGAAAACUUGGUGGUGAUUGUAGGGGAUUUCUCAACAUUGUUUUAACACAGACUCGACCCAUUUCCUCAGUAGAAUUUCCUCCUUCACAAGAAGAAGUACAGAUUGUUUCAUCGUCUUGUGAUGCCAGAAUGCAGAGUGACGUAGAGACUGUGGAAGCUUCUUGUGAUGAAAGUGGUAUUCUGUUGCAAAACCGAAAAGGUAGCACAUCAAGUGACAUUACAGCAUGGAAGCAGGAACUCCAGCAUUCUGGCCUCUGUUACCUGGAUGAUGAGUGGGAUGCAGAGUGUAUGUUGCAGCCAGAAAAGUGGUUUUCAUCGAAUGAUGCAGAAGGAAAGGUGUACUUUUUUGAAGAAAACAGUAAUCAGUCUUCAUGGACUUUACCAGACUUUGGCAAUGCUGGAUCUGAUAAUCCUGCACAUUCAGCCAGUCGAAACCCAAGUGAAUUGGAAAGACAGACAAAGAAAGAUGAACAUUGCCAUGAUACAGACGUUCAUCUGCGUUCAGGACAGCAGGUCUGUCAGCCUGAAAUUAGGGCCCAGCAACGUAUGACCAAAGCUCAUUCCAUGGUCUUGGCAAAUUCCAGCAGAAAGAAGCAGACUUCCAGCAAAUCAUCAUCAUUCCCAAGGAACUGGCCACAGUUAUGGGAUGGUAACAUGUGUGUGCUUAAGGAGGGAACAUUAAAUCGCACAAAAAUAACUGAGAAUGGCAAAAAGUUGCGCAAGAACUGGGCACCGGCACAUGUUGUUCUCACAGAACUCUUUCUGCUUUUCUUUAAAGAUGCUAAAACAUUUGAAGCAAUGAAAAAUUCAAACGAAGAAAAUGCUUCUGGAGCAGCACAGCCUGAGUUCUCUAUAGAUCUGAAUGGUGCAUUACUGGAGCACGGAGAAAAGGUAUCAAGUCGACGCAAUGUGUUCCUUCUGACAACGGUACUUGGUCUACAAGUGCUGUUGCAGUGUGAGAAUGCUCAACAGGAAGAAGAAUGGUACAAGGCCAUCUUUAAAGCCAUCAAAGAUCUGCCCUAUGCAUAUGAUGUGAGUCCAAGGAAUAAAGCAUCAAAACUGAAUCCUGUACACAUUAGUUCAGGAUCGCCUGAGGAAAUAAAAAAAUCAUCUGUCAUUGGACGUUCAAGAUCAAUGAAAAUGAAAUUAACUUCAAAAGAUGAGAGCCAAGAAGACUUAACUGCAGGUUCUGAGGAGAAUCAAACCAAGAUCCGCAAUCGACUCAAAAAGUUCUUCCAUCGUAGGCCAACUAAAGAGAGUCUUGUCAAGAAAGGCAUUUAUAAAGAUGAACCUGUCUUUGGGCGUAAUCUGCAAGAUGUGUGUAAAGGAGAGUCUCCUAGAGUGCCUGUCUUUGUCCGCCGCUGUAUUGCUGCCAUUGAGUGCAAGGAAGAGAACAUGAAGACCGAUGGGCUGUAUCGUGCUUCUGGCAAUCUGUCCCAGGUUCAGAAGAUCAGACUGCAGGUAGAUCAGAACAACUUAGAUGUCUUGGAUCAAGAAGAAGAUGUGCACGUGCUUACAGGCGCUCUUAAGCUCUUUUUCCGAGAGUUGAAGAAACCUCUCAUUCCAUUUGAGCAUUUUAGUAAGGCACUGAGGGCAAGCACGAAUCCCAGCAAGAAGGAGAAACUACAACAUUUCAAGGAGAUUGUGAAGGCACUCCCUCUUCAAAAUCGAGAUACCCUUGAGUUCUUGUUUAGGCAUUUGCUAAGGGUGACCGCAUAUAAAGAAUUUAAUCGCAUGCACAUUCCAAACCUCGCCAUUGUCUUUGGCCCGACGCUUAUGUGGCCUGAAGCAGAGUCCCUCAACAUGGCCCUGGACCUAAUGCAGCAGAAUCUUGUAAUUGAGUACCUCCUUCAGGAAUUUGACAGCCUCUUCCACUGACGUAUGUUACGCAUAAAAAUGCUUCUGACAGUAUUUCCCUUUGUUGGACUUCUUGUGAAUUGUAAAUUCUUAUUGGACAGUAUUUGUCACUGCAGUUUAUGUAAAGUAAGCACUGAAACCUUAACUUUACAUUUGCAGUUAAGUGUGAAGAUAUUAAUUGUGAUUCUCAGCUUUACUUGUAAGAUUUUAAUACAUGAAAAGGACUCUAAAGACACUACGCUUAUAACUUCAAUGAGUUCGUGAGUGAGUUAUAUAAAAUACAGUGAAAUCUCUUUUUAAUGUUUCUUGAUUUAAGGUUUUCUGUGAUUUAAUCUAAAUCUGUCCCCAGUUAUCUUACUUUUAAAUUUGGUCACGUUA